AAAAAUUGCAGUGCAUUUCUCGCAAAAUUGUGUAGACGUUAAUUGGAACAACUCUGUUGAUUAGCUCUUCACUUAGUUAUCAGAAACACUGACAUAUGACUAGUGAGGAAAAGUCGUCUACAAAUCUUGCCAGACGAAAGGUUGCAUAUUUAUUAAGACCACCAGAAAAGAGGCAUCGCUUUGGCAUCAACUCUCUUGUCGUUCCAUAUGCUGGUGAACCAGACACAGAGAGCUCCCAAGUAGUUUCACUUUUUUCAGGAGGACGUGAUGGCACGAUAAGAGGCUGGUCAAAGAAAGGGGAGAAUAUCUUGAACCUAGAAGAACACGUUGACUGGGUAAACGACUUGUUGUUCUUGCCUUCAGGGGUUUUGGUUUCCUGUUCGUCAGAUACUACUGUUAAGGUAUGGGACGUAAAAGAAACCGUAUCCGUGUCUGAAGAAUUUCUCGUUCCACGUGGCUCUUCAAACACCCUUGCAGAACAUACAGACUAUGUAAAAGCUCUCACCGCGGUGGAUAGACAUAGAGGUAUUGUGGCAAGUGGCUCUUUAGAUGGCAAGAUUGUGAUAUGGGAUCUGGAAAAAGGCGAAUAUCAGUCAGUUUUGGGAAAGGGUUUACAGGAGAAUACUUCAGUAUAUUGCCUAGCUUCUGGUGGGAAGAGUUUUGGGUUGGAAGAAAGCUCAGAGCAAUUCUUGCAGUCUCCUGAAGGUUCUAUCAUUGCAGCGGGUUCGAGUGACCGAGUCAUUUCCCUUUGGGACACUAGAACUCGAACCAGGGCAGUAAAACUUCGAGGUCAUAGAGAUAUAAUUCGCUGUUUAGCCAUGAAUGAACAAGGAACUCUCCUUUUGUCAGGCAGUAGUGAUGGAAGUACUCGAGUCUGGGACCUUCGCAACUUACGAUGUAUGCUAUCGUUUGAUGUACAUAUCGACUCUGUUUGGGCAUUGGCUGCGAGUAAGAACUUUGACUGGUUCCUCUCGGGUGGACGAGAUGGUGCAGUUUGGAAAACGGAACUUCACACUGGUGAUUCUGUGCUUAUGAUAGCUGCAGUCGAAGAUAAUUCCAAAUAUAAUCAUGUACUAAGAGUUUGUAUGACACCUGAUGAGAAAAGUUUGUGGACCAGUUCACUUAGCUCAAAUAUCAAGUAUUGGGAAUCGAAUAAGUGUUUUAAUGAUAUCCAUAAUCAGAAUUCCAAGGAUAUGAAUAUAAAGUCUCGUACUUCGCCGAUAUCGUUGAGAAGUGUUUUGAGUACUUCAGCUACGGAUGAUCCCAUAUUCAAGGAACCUUAUCUAGCCAUUCGAGGAGAACCAGGAAUUGUAGCCAAGACCGUUUUGAAUAAUCGACGACAUGUUUUAACUUGCGAUUCAGAAGGUAAAGUUCAGCUUUGGGAUGUCUCUCGGGGCAGAUUGCUGCAAGACUUUGGUAACAGUCGAACAAUGGAAGACAUUCAGCAAGAAAUUGACGAAAUGGUUGUUGUACCUACUUGGUUUCAUUUAGUAACUCGACUUGGCAGUCUUAUGGUUGUAUUAGAUCCUAAUGUAUGCUUUGCAGCAGAAGUUUAUGCGUCUGAUGCUGGUUUAGAUGUAGAUUCGGAUGAAGUCAAAGUCAAUAUUGGAGAACACGUUUUAAGAGGUUUAUUUAGGAAUUGGCAUGAACGUUACAGUAAACUUUUAGAAGGUAGUCCGAAGACUUUUUAUGAUGAAAUUAAUUCUUUAUCUCAUUCGGAUCCUGCAGAAAGCAACCAGAAGCAAACUGCCGUCCUGAAUAAUUCCAAUAAUUUACCACCUUAUGAGUUCCCGGAAGAUAUCCCUGUUAUUAUUAUAGAAGAAGGUACCACGAGGCCAUUAUUGCGAAAGCUUUUGAAAGACUUUGAUGGAACUGAAGCAUCUUAUCUUCCAGAUUGGGUUUUGAAGUGUGUUCGAGAUGAGCAUUCGAUGAGUCGUGAAAUACCGAAACUUUCCUUUUAUUUGAAACCUGCGGAAGGUUCAGGUUUCCCUGCUCUUGUUCAAAGCAAACUGACAGCCCCUCGUAUUUUAAGAGCAAAGAAAUUGGCUACCUAUGUUGCCAAUAACAUUAGAACGGAAAUUGAACGGCUAAGAUGCUCGAGUAAAGGUGGCAAGUUGCCGUUUGAAUUUUCACCCACUGCGGAAUUGGAAAUCGUUUGUCGUGAUCAAGUUGUUCCUCCUAAGAUGAGUCUCAUUGCCAUUCGAAGAUUUAUUUGGAAGUCUCCAGAGGAUCUCGAGUUGUUUUACAGACGAAGGAAUGAGGCUGGAAAGAGAACAGAAAGAAAGUAAUCAAACUUUCAUAGUAGGUUCAAAGUCUUAUCUUUCAUAGAUAUUUACCAUACUUUAUAUAUAUGAAGAGAGAGAGAGAGAGAGAGAGAGAGAGAGAGAGAAAAAAAAGAAAGAAUCUUACGCUGAC